CUUUCAGGGUCUUAUUGGCACCAUAUCGCUAGUUACGAACCCUCAUUCGAAUUAUACUCGGAUCGUCAAUGAACUUGGGCCAGUUACCCGUCACUAAAACUGACCGGGCUCGCGUAGCCUGGAUCAAUGCAAUACAAAAGUUCGAUGCACUGGAUCAGGAUGUGAAUGUAUUAUCAGCCCCCAGGCAUGUCCCAACAAGGCUAAUCAACAUUUUCACGGGACAAAUCGAAGCCAUCCAGAAUGAUACUACGAAGCGCUAUGUCAUUGCAUCCUACCUUUGGAACCCAGAUAGAUUUUCAGACACUCCAGAACACUACUCUGGUCUGUAUAAUGACAUACCACAGGCACCCACGUUCGAUGACUGGUUCCGUUUGACUUGUCUCAUGCACCCAAACAUCAUUCAGGCAGUCGAUGCAGAGGAAGGGGAGGUGGGUCGGUUGCAUUGUCCGUUGGAAGUGCCAGCGGGGAUAUCGCGGGAGUAUCUUCGAGAGAUAUUUCUCCUUGUUGCCAGGGAAGCUUUGUUGAUGGGUCUUGAGCAUGUCUGGAUAGACAAUAUUUGUAUCAACCAGGCGGAUCCAGAAGAUGUCGCGCGUGAAAUACCCAGAAUGAGCGACUACUAUACCAAUGCAGCUUGCUGUGUUGCGGUAUCCGAAGCGUUACGCCGGCGGUAUGCUACUACCGAAGGUCCUCCCCAAGACGAUACAGGAUUAGAAUCCAGAAGCGACGGAGCUUGGCGUAGGAUUAUAACUUGGAUGAAGGGGUAUCAUGCCAAACGGCUUUGGGUCUUCCAGGAGACGUACUUGGCCAAAAAGGUUGUAGUCCGCACCAGAAACAUCCGAAUCGAUGCCAACGAAUUGGUCAAGGCAAGCGACUCAUUUUCACCUGGCUCUCGCGGCCUUCUCCGCAUGACGAGCGACGAAUUUCCCAUUUCUCUCCCGAUAUCAGAUUGGCACCGCCCAAUGUCACCUGAGCUCUGUUUGCAGUACUGUCGCAUGCGAGACUGCGCAUUCCUUCAUGAUAACAUCUACGGCAUUCUUGGCCUAUUUUCCCAAAAAAUUCGUCACUCGCUUCCGGUGGACUACCAGCUUUCACCGGGCAUCAUUCUCGCCAUAUUUGCCUAUUUAAGAGUUCGAGAUGGUGAUUUAUCCGCCUUACUCACGCUCCAGCAUGAACUCUACGAAAGAGAUGAACCCGGUCUCGGCGUCUCGUGGCUGCCUAGUGGAUUUGGCUGGCAGCCAAGGGACAUCUUCGGAGUUACACCGCAUGCUGAACUCUUGCCUCAUGUUGACCCUCAAGGCAUAUUGCACAUGUCUAUGUACUGUCUGGAAGUGGAGAAAGUUGGAGAAAGCUUGAGUUUCGCGUCUAUUGCUGUAGAGCAUGACGAUCUUAAUAUUGAAAUCCAUCUAUUGCCACGCUAUGCCGAGCUCUUCCGUAAAAGGCCUCCUCAAACCGGAACAUAUCUUAUUGGGGGGAUAUUGGAGCCUUCCAAUAGCGGCCGCGAACCUGCUCAUUAUGGACCGCUUACCUUGCGACAGCAGAUCGCAAACAAGGAGCGCGAGGAAAGACAGAGGUUCUUGAAUCGGAAAGCGGAAAAGAAACAGGGCGAAGUUGUACUGGCGACCUUUGGGGAACAGAGUUGGUCGUUUGAAGAUGUUCCAAACUGGUGGUUCUGGCUUUUACUGGCGACAUAUGAUAAAGGAAAGACAUGGAGAAGAUUCCGAAUAGCUAUCAGCCACGAAGUUAAUACUGACUGGAUCGUACGAAAGAGGUUUAGUAUUCGGUAACGUAAAAUCAACUACUACUGUGCAAAUCAUCGUGCAUGUAGAGGUUUGGAGUACUUGCUAGAAAUAAUCAGACCCUUCCAUUUUUUCAUGUAGAAUCCUGGCUCUGGGCGGCGUAGAAUCAUGUGCAGCCAGUCACCAACCGGAGCAAUGGCAUGUGUAGAAUCAAUGCUGGCCAGUUACAC